GUCGCGAAAUUGCCCCACAAUCAGGGAAGGUUCGAUGUCAGAAAACAUCCAGACUGGAAGCUUCCCUGUGUGAGAUUUUGUCGGGUUCUGUCGCCCCUCGACACUUAGCCGACACAAGUACAAACAGGGUCAGUUUUAAUUCCUGACAUUAUUACACGCCGUGCUGUAACCGUAUGGCACUCGCAGAGUGACUGAGAUGAUUGGCGUAAGGCACCCACACACACAAACAUUUCAUCAAUCUGUGUGCAGUUGUCGGACCAUCUCUCACGAACGUCCAAGCAGUUAAUUAGAAGCGAGGAUUCUUUGACUCUCGAGAAGAGAGUUACAGCCGGUUGCAGACUUCAGUUUUACCCGACAACGUCAAUGGCCGACAGGCAACCAAUUUGACCAUUGGUUAACCUCAAACUGUUGCUUCGAUACCCCCAGGCUCCUCCAUAGAGCGUUAGCGAGAGUUAUAAUCCAUACACCCUUGGGCCAAAAUGGAACAUAAUUAUAGUCAUGUUGUCAUAGCAACGGGAUGACUUCACGACGAAGAGGAGCAAUAAUGCAUCAAACUUCAAUCUUAUAAAGGGACACCAUAACAUCGGACGAUCUACUUGACUUGCGCGCAGUAUCCCAAUCACUUGACGUGAACGUCUUUUAGCUGCGUGUGUGGAGAGAGAGGCGUGUUUUCUUCACUUGAAUAUCACGACACUUCAGUUUGAACUGAGGACGUUCUUGCAUAAAGGUUCGCUCAUUUCAGAGCAUCCCACAUCUUCAGAUAUACUGCUUACUUUACCAUCGAUGUACAAUCGAUGUUCAACGUAGUUGAAGGAAACUGACUGAGAUAUUUUGGACUGAAGGUUCCUCUCAGUUCAAACAUGGCUGCCGAAGAAAAACUCCUGCCAGUCAUUUUCGGCACUGCAUUGGAUGAUAUUAUGAAAGCAAACUUCACCCAUCCUCGUUACCACCAGUCUGCGAACAGCUCUUACGAUGUGAUGGGUGUCAACGCGUCGGGAGGCCCCACUACACCCAUGAGUAGCGAGGUAGGGGAUGAUUAUUGCGACUUGGAGUACGGAAUUCAAGACAGCACCGCGCGCUCGUUGAUUAUCGCCGUGUACUCCUUGACUAUUUUCCUCUCUGUUGUCGGUAACGUGAUCGUGAUUGCUGUACUUGGCUUCUCAGCGAGAGCUAAGACUGAUCUCAACCAUUUCUUGGUGAAUCUAGCGGUAGCUGAUCUCCUAACUGCAAUAGUCUGUAUGCCGUUUACAUUUGUCUACAUCAUGAAUGAAGAUUGGGUCUUCGGUGCCUUCCCAUGUACGUUUGUGUUCUUCAUUCAGCAGGUUGUUAUCUGCGUGAGUGUCUUCACAUUAACUGCAGUCAGCGUGGACCGUUAUUUUGCAGUAGUGCGCCCUCUAAAGGCACGUAUGGCCAGGUCUAACACAAAAACCAUCCUCGUCAUUUCGGGUAUCUGGUUGGCGUCUUGUAUGAUGGGAAUGGUCCAACUGAUUCUAGCGAGGUCGAAACGUUACGAGUGGUGUUACGGAGAGCGCCAGCUAACGGUCUGUACCGAGCACUGGCCAGAUGCCAACCUCGAGUUUGGCUACGAGAUCUUUAAUAUGGGUGCAACUUACGUCGUCCCCCUGGUCAUAUUCUCAUUCACUUAUAGUGUGGUUGGACGGAAACUCUGGGGACGGAAUCUACCUGGGAACGCCGAUCAUUUGAGAGAUGCUUGCCACCAGAAAGCCAAAAGAAGGGUGAUUAAGAUGUUAGUAGUGAUCGUCUUUCUCUUCAUUGGUUCGUGGUUCCCCCUCUACCUCUAUCUUCUGAUCGUCAUCACCAACUUUAAAUUAGUCAGUCUGUACCCAAACUUCUUCUUCGUCUACUUCUUUUGUGGUCAUUGGCUCGGCAUGGCAAAUAGCUUCAUGAAUCCAAUCGUCUUCGGUUUCUUCAAUGACAAUUUCCGGGCUGAUUUGAGGCGGUUAUUUCAGCGGUGUGGUCCAUGCACUGAAAAGUUAAGUCAACGUAGACGUCUCAGGAGUCGACUGAGCACAACAUCAAGCCUCACCACUCGAUCCUCAUCACUGUUUACGCAACAGAGGUCCAGUAAGAUUGGCGGAAUGACAAGACCGAAUGGCUUCGCACCACGUGACCAGCAAGCUCUAGAACGAAUAGGAAGCGGCACUACUUGGAAUGAAAGAACAUACACACCGAACGGAACAGGUCAACUCCUGGUUGAUGACUACUCACCAUGAGGUUAUAAUGACGUCAUUGAAACCUUCUUCCUCAAUUUCCGAGUUUGUUUUUCUUCAGUUUUUAAAUAAGUAAAUUUCGAGUAGAAAAUACUAGGGCCUAAAUACAACUAUACACAAUCCCUAGUGCCAAGAACAAAUCCGUCAUAGAAUUACGUACGGAUUAAUAAACCGGUUUUUUUUUUACGGAUUGACAAUCCGUUUACGGAUACAUUGUUCUUACAGAUUGCCAUCCUGCGAAUUCUUAAAAACAUAUUGUGAACCCUUAACGAGUUACGCCCCUUUUGCUCUAUGUUUUUAUGUUUAUGCAUGAGGUACUUAAGCAUGCAAAUUAUUCAUAAAGCAACAUUUUCUGCUUAUGGUUCAAAGAUAUUCGACUCAAAUCUCAGAUUGUUCUUCGAAGUGGUUGUAUUAAUAAUUAUAAGCAUUCCACUAUGACGUCACAACCAAUGUGUUUAUCAACGUUGUAAAGCUACAACCUAAUUUACAAUUUGAAUAUUAAUUUAACAAUGAUCUUAAAUGUACAUAAGCCAAAAUAUACUCAUCCAUAAGUGUACUUGGAGUUUUAAAUUUAAAGGUUUUUUUAAUGUUAAAAUAAUAUAAUGGGUGCAUGAAUGUAAUAUGUACAUUAUACCGCCACCUAGCGUUCAACAGUGUAUCGGUGUAACCUUUGAAGUAUGUUGGCGUAAAAUGCAAAGUAUGUUCUUGGUUGAGUGAAUGUCUGAACUGAAACUGUAACAUGAAUCAGUACUUUACUCUAAGAUGAGUUCGAAAAGUGAGGAAUGUUGUCAAGGAUCACUUCGAUUUUGUUAAUCACAAGCUCACGUUAUCCCUGGUCCAACAUGAAACAGUCGGUUUCACUUGUUUUUUUGUUUUGUAAAUCAAGUCAACGAGUGGUCCGUAUGAUGUGAGAAUGAGAUUUAGUUGAAAUUGUGGGUAUGUUUAGUAGUACCCAGAUUUACGUUAUACAUGCACAUAUGAAUUAUUCUGUUUUUUUCACGGAGCGGAUCUUGAAUACAAUUUUGUUCCGUCUUGACUUUCGUUAAAUUGUAGUUACUGGCUGCCCGAAAGGCAUUACACAUUGUAGUUAAUGUGUGUAAUCACUGGGGCCAAGAGAAAGGAUUGUCAAAUCAGAGAACAAUGUUGUUGUUGUUGUUGUUGUUGUUGUUGUUUACAGAGUGAAGGCUGAACUGAACCAAAACAGAGGAUAGGAAGGAUGAAGAAUGUGUAUUAACGCUGAUUUUUUUUUUUUUUACCUGAUGUGAAUUAUAUGAAAAUCUUGUGUUAUAUUUGAUAUAUAUAAACGGCUUUAUACUGCUUAAAAUAGAUAUUAUACAACCUGUACUGCUUUUGUUAAUAUUUCUAUAAGAAUUGUAUAUUACGGUAUAUUGGCAAUGUGUUUUCAUGUAUACAGUUAUAUAUCAUUAUUAUACAGUGAAGUAAUGACAUACUAUAUUAAUAUUUUUGUAAAUAGUUACAUUCAGAAACAUUAUGAAGUUGUUUACACAGUCUAUCAUAAACUAGUCUUGGCUGCAAGGUUGUUGCUGUAAAUAAUUUGUGUUCAAAAUAAUUCAAAGCUGAAUCUCAUGAUUAAUAAUUAACUUUUAAUUAGCUAUGUUCAUGUGUCACAGGAAGUGGUUAAAAUAAUUUCCAUCCGUCAAAGUUUAAUAACUAAUUAAAAAAUACAAAUGAGUUUUCGUUUGAACCAGCUGAUUAUUUUAAUCAGGGACCAGCAACCAUAUAGCUGGAAAAGGGCAAGUUUUUUUUGCGAUAACUGUACUUCUAAAUCAAAAAUACUCCCUUCAUAAGAAACAGGCCUAAACGCCUAGAAUGUCAUUAACGUUCACAGUACAAAGUUUAAAACUUCUGCUUGAACCUUUUGUAGAAUUAAACUUUAUCAAAUAUUAAAUUGACAUUGAAGAAAGAUAAAAAUUGAAAGUUGUUGUUUCAUGUUUAAUUUUUGACCAUGGCACUUGGUAAUAACAAGUAAUAAUGGGCAUGCUAUAUACUUCCUGCCAAGUUAUCGUGAAGUUAUUAGGCCAAGUAAUGUUCAGCACAAAGUCAAGUAGGCCCAUAUUUAAUUGAUAGGUGUGCCCCAGUUGCGUAGCCGGAGGGCGAGGGCAGCACCCUCCCCCAAACAGACUGACAGAAUGUACCAAAUGUUUCCAUUCAAUAGCCCCCCCCCCCCCCCCGCCUGAACAACAAAAAUGUGUGUCCCCUUCCACAGUGAGGAGCUUUCUUCCCGCAAUGUCACAGGUUAAAUAUCCACAUUUGUUUAAAAUGAUAUUCCUUCAUUCAGGUUUUAAUCCUGCUUAAGCAUAAAAUGCCACAUGAACAACAUUCUUUGUUAGGUUUUGUCAUUCUUGUUUUGGUUUGAGUAAAUUUUUUCACUUUUGGCAAAUUUCACGCAAUUUUUAGGCCUAUUUAUGACGUCAUUUUUUCCAUAGUGCGAAUUUUGGGCAAAACAUGAAGGAAAUUUGGUCACACCAAAAAGAAGCAAUGGAAUAAAGGAAUAGUCAGAAAUUGUUAUGCCUACUUGUGUUGUUAUCUGUGUACAAUUUCAGGAAAUCUAUCCCUCAUCUUGAAGUCCCCCAUACG